AGCACGUCCGGCAGCAGCGCUGGCAGGACUGCCGCCCGGGGGGCGAGGUACCACGGUGCGUCCGGAGCCUCCGGACCCAGCACCAGCCAGCAGAUCGGAGCCAGGGCCAGGUCUGUUGGGGGCUCGAGUUUAAGACCCCACUCUGGCAUUAACAUUCCCAACAGCGGCGGGGGCUACAGCUCCCCGGAGUCCGGCGGCAGCAGCCCAGAGGAGGCGGCGGACAGGGAGCGCUCGGGCGGAGGGCAAGAAGUUCCCCGGCUGUUGAUUGGAUCAUUACCAGCACACCUUUCGCCUCAUCUGUUCGGAGGUAAGAGCGCAGAGCCGCUCCGCUGCUGUGGUGACGCUGCCGCACGGCUGUUUACAGCAGGGUACAGCGGAGAGGUUAGGACGGGGGGCGGUGGUACUCAAACAGGGUUCAUUGAUCGCUAGAAACGUAGUAUUACAGUCAGCUGGUGCUACACGAAGCAUAACUGAUGUAGGUCAGUUAGCGUUAUGCCAAGGUGCUCCUCAAUCCGAGGGAGAGUCAAAUGAUCGCAGAGGCGAUCACCGGAUCACCGGUGAACACACACCGUGUUCGUUACCUCAUCUAAACUUUACAAGAUUAACGCAAACC